GGCGGACUACCGUUCCCGUCGUGCCCCGCGGGAGGGCGGGGCGGCCCGGCCCGGCCCGGCCCGAGCGCGGCGCCCGCAGCGGCGGCUCUGGCUGUCAGCAGCGCCCGGAGCGGCCAUGGGGCAGCGCGGCCGCCGGGGCCCCUGAGAGCCGCCGCGCCCCGGCCCGGCGCGGCCCCGGCGCCGCCAUGGAGCUGGAGCCGCCCGCAGAGCUCCCGGAGCCCCGCGCCGCCGCCAAGGGGCCGCCCCGCAACGCUACAGAUGUGGAGCAGAUGAGUUCCUCCUCUCCUGUCCUUCCUAUGAACUCCAUGGGCAAUGAGCGGGUGGAUCAGCGAACCUGCCUGAUCUGCGGGGACAGAGCCACGGGGCUGCACUAUGGGAUCAUUUCCUGCGAGGGCUGCAAGGGGUUCUUCAAAAGGAGCAUCUGCAACAAGCGGGUUUACAGAUGCAGUCGAGACAAGAACUGCGUCAUGUCACGCAAACAGCGCAACAGAUGCCAGUACUGCCGGCUGCUCAAAUGCCUCCAGAUGGGAAUGAACCGAAAAGCAAUCAGAGAGGAUGGCAUGCCAGGAGGCAGAAACAAAAGCAUCGGACCUGUCCAGAUAUCAGAGGAAGAGAUUGAGAGAAUUAUGUCUGGGCAAGAAUUUGAGGGAGAGGCAAACAUGUCAUGGAGCAACAACGGAGACAGUGACCAUAGUUCCCCUGGAAAUGGAGUUUCUGAGAGCAACCAGCCUUCACCCGUUUCUACUCCAUCUUCAAGUAGGUCCGUGGAGCUGAAUGGAUUCGCUGCACUCAGGGAUCAGUAUAUCGGGACGCCGGUGUCCACGCACUAUCAGUACCUCCCGCACCUUUUUAGCUAUUCUGCUCACUCGGCUCUGAUGCCCCCCCAGACGCGCAGCCUGGACCCCCAGUCGCACAGUCUUAUCAAUCAGUUAGUGUCAGCAGAGGACCUGGAGCCGCUCGGCACACCGAUGCUCAUCGAGGAUGGGUACAAAGUGACUCAGGCAGAGCUGUUUGCGUUGUUGUGUCGUCUGGCGGAUGAAUUGCUUUUCAGGCAGAUUGCUUGGAUCAAGAAGCUGCCAUUCUUCUGUGAACUCUCCAUCAAGGACUAUACCUGCCUGCUCAGCUCUACAUGGCAGGAGCUGAUCCUGCUCUCCUCGCUGACUGUUUACAGCAAGCAGAUCUUUGGUGACCUUGCAGAUGUCACCUCCAAGUACUCUCCCUCUGAUGACGAGCUGCACAGGUUCAGUGAAGAGGGGAUGGAGGUGAUGGAGCGGUUGAUCUACCUCUUUCGCAAAUUUAACCAGUUGAAGGUCAGCAACGAGGAGUACGCGUGUAUGAAAGCCAUUAACUUCCUAAAUCAAGACAUCAGGGGUCUGACUAACGCGUCCCAACUGGAGCAGCUGAAUAAGCGGUAUUGGUAUGUUUGCCAGGACUUCACAGAGUACAAAUACCCACACCAGCCAAACCGUUUUCCGGAUUUAAUGAUGUGUUUGCCAGAGAUACGAUAUAUUGCAGGAAAAAUGGUGAACGUCCCCCUGGAGCAGCUGCCUCUCCUUUUUAAGGCUGUUCUACAUUCCUGCAAGACGAGUGUGAGCAAAGAGUAAGCCCAGCUCGGCCGGGCCGGUGCCUUACGCUGUGCCUCAGGCAGGGAGCUGGCUCACCUCGGGAGAGGGGCAAACGUGAUCCAGGCAGGAGACGGGGCGGUGGGCGUCCCUGCCAUUGUAGCAAGAAUCUUUUUUGUUUGUUUUUGUUUUUUUACUCUUUUUCCUAUAUAUUUAUUUCACGACAGAGUUGAAUGUAUGAUCUUCAACACGAUGCACAUGGUUCUGUAUGAAUGCAGCAGAUGCAUUCUCCAGCGGUUUACAGAAUGUGAAGAUGUUUAAUGUUACAGUGUUUGUUAGGGUUAGUUCUUUUGUAUUUUGGGGGCUGGGGACUGAGAUGACUAAGACUACCUCAAGGAGAAGAUGCUGUUCGCGCACUGCUCUUUCCAUGAUUUGUAUCCAAAAGCGUUUGUCGUAGAGAGCAAACGGCCUCACCACAUCGACAGAGCUGUUAGUAUUCCGAACGGGCGUUUUCAGAGAAGUGGGUGUUAGAGAAGUGCCAAGCUUUUUUUCUUUAAAUAUAGUAAUAAUUAAAAAAAAGGCAGGGAGUGGAGAAGAAGGAAGAGUCUGUCUAGCCAGUGGGUGUCUUUUCCCCUGGCGGCUUUCAGGUGCAGGUGGUAGCUCCUGCGGUUGAGUCCUGCCCCAGCGGGGUCGUGGCGCUCCCGAGCUGCGAGGGGCUCGCUGCUCCCGUGCCCUCCUGGGAGCAGCAGGAGUGGGCUCUGCCCCCAGCCCCGGCCUGACCAGCUGGCCUCUCACUAUUGCUGCGCGCCUUUCCCUUCGACUGAAAUUGGGUUGCUGCAGUUUGUAGCAGGCUCCUAGCAUUACGCAAAGGUACUCUUGUUGCUAGAGAACUGCAAGUAAUUUCUCAUCACUUCCUUAACAUCCAUUUUAGGUUCACAAAAGCAGGAAAAACCUACUUAGAGAAGAGGCAGGAUUGCCUCUUUUACUGUAUUCCUCCAAGGUGGUAUCUGACCACCGGCGAGGCUUCUGCACUGCAGCAAUCCCAGGCAGCCUGUUUCUGGGAACAGUUAACGUACCCUGUGGUUAAAUGAGACCUGCUUAACGGGGUAGGGGACUCCAGUGUCCUCUGGCAUAGCUUUCUCUGCUGGACUCGGGGAAUGCGUGAUCCAUGGUCAUACCCUGCCAGGACUGUUCUGCUGCUUGUGGAAUCCCUUCUUACCAGGAAAAAUGGUAUUAACGCAGUACUUGGUAAGCUGUUCUGUCCUAGGUGUUGCAAGGCUUGGAGUUUCCAUCUCACAACCUCCACACCACUCCACUGCAUGGAGAACUGGUUUAAUGACAACUGGUUAGCUGUCUGAGUAUUUGCCAAGUGCUGGUGUUUAGAUAAACUUGGGUAUUCUCAUAAGGAACCUCAUGGUUUCCUGCUCGUGGUGCUGGCGGUGGGGAGGUUGGAUGAGAUGUUCUCCUCCCCUUCAUUAAGAAUGAACGUUGGGAGACUCUCCUAGGCAGCCGUGUCGCCCUGGCUGGAUUUCCUUCCCUGUGUCCUUAGGUAUGAAUCUGAUGUUUAUGUAGCAAGAGGGUUUGUCAACAAGUGUUUGAGUACUGUUUUAAAAAUAUUUUGGGAAACAACUUCUGUUCCUUCAGGGUAGGAGGGACCAGUUGCUACCUUUUUGUCUUGUCCUGACAACAGCUGUGUGGCACAAGGUGAGUGCCGCUCAGAGGUACCGAAGCUGCUGUGAGAUGAAUGUGACGGUGAAAGGAGAAAAAUCCCAUUCACCAAAGUCGUCUUUCCUUCCCCUUCACCCAGCGGGUGCUCCCUCCGUUGCACGCCUCUCGGUUAGUGAGCAGCGGGGCCGCCUCCUGGGUGCUGACCGCCGCGGUCGGACCCCUCCUCAGAGACCCGCCGCUGGCUGACCGCGCACCCACGGCGCCUCGCCGCCUUGCAGCCCCGCUUGGGCAUCUCCCAGCUCCGUGGUUGCCCUUUUCUAAAAGUCCACUAGCUGCUCAUUUUUCAUUAUUUAAAUAGGAUGUUACGGGUAACAGCUGCUGGGCCCAGCAGCAGUUCAGCUUGAUGGGGCUUCACAAUCCAAAGGUGGUUCCGUAAAUCUCAUUUACUUUCUGACUGUAAAGUGAGACAAGCGCGUAUUUCUCAGGAAAGCCUUCUGCAUACAGCCUAUACCUCAAGUGUAAAUGGGAAGAUUUUAGUGUAUCUGUUUGUAAGUUAGAACGUAUUUCUCAGCUUUUAAGUUUAAUUUCCAAAUAGCUCGAUAUGAUCUUUUUAUUACGGGUUAUCUUCUGGCCUGCUGUUUUAUACACUCAAGGAAUUGUUAAAAUUGCAUAGGAGUAAUUUUAUUCUGCAGUUACUGAAUUAUUAUAAUCUGUUGAUGAAUAAGAGUUUGUUUUAAUUAGUGUACAUAAAAGUGGUCAUCCUAUUGCCAAAUACCCAACAAAAAUAAUCUAUUAGGUAUUCUGCGUUUAUCCAAAAUAGACUCCCAAGACUAAUGCUGUACCAACAACAACAAAAAACCUAAAUUCAUUUAUGAUGAUGAAUGGACAAGAAUUUUCUACUUUCUAUUGUACAAAGCAAAUGCUACAAAGGUUGAUUGGCAGCAGCAUCCGUUAACAAAUAACUCAUUUGUUGCAGGGAGUAGAAAAGCCUUACUAAACUGACAAGUAAGGAAGAUGCUAAUGUACCGAACCAGAACCUAGCUCACUGGACAGUCAUUCUUAAUAUCUUCUGCACCAAGUCCUCUAACGGCUUGUAUUUUUUAAACAGGGUAAAGUGAAUGUGUUGCAUUGCAAACUCAGGUAUUAUGAGGAGGUAGGAGCGUAGCUAGAGAUGUAGAGACGUUAGGUCAGUUACUAGAUGUAUUUGUGAAUUUGGUUUGAAGGACACCCUGGAAAGGUUGGAAUUUUUGUUCCAUUCUUCACGUAACAUUCGGUUUACAGGGACUCAUAUUUUAUUUGUGCUUAAUGCUAGUAGGGGGAAGUUCAUUAUCUUUGGUAUCUAUCUGCUCUUGCUUAUCUGACCUUCUGUCAUAGAGAAAUCAAUCAACAAUAAUAGUCUUUGGUAGAAUUUUCUGCCAUGACAAGUCAAUUUUUAUCUCCUAUUUGAAAGAUAAAUUGGCUGACUGACCCCCUCCUCUCCUUCAUAGCAUUUGUGCAGAUGGAAAGCUGAAGAGUUACUUUUAAUCCGAACAGAGAUUUGGGACAUAAAUUUGAAGUGCUCAGGCUCACAUAUUCAGAGGGACGCUGCAGAGGUAUCCUAGUUGCUGUUUUACAGCUUGAAGCUCGUCACCCACUACCGAGACCUGAGCAGAAAUUGCUGCUGCCAGCUGAUGGGGCUGAGUCCCAGCUCGAGGGGCAAGACCCCAGGACCUGAACAGAAGCUUUUUGAAAGCGACUGGGUUUUCUUCCACUGCCUGCCUUUGGGUCAGGCUUCUGCCCCGUGAGCUGAGCCUUGACGCACUGUGUGUGUCAGCAGUGAGUCCUUGUCCUCGGCGUGCCCGGCCCCUCGAGAGGGCUGACCGGGAUGCUCAGAGGUGCCAGGUGCCAAUCUAAACUGAUGGACUCUGGGCAUGGCAAAAUUGGUGCAGCAGGAGGUAACUCUCCAGCUGUUUUGCAUACGCUUUAGCUACCUUCUAAUUGUUAAUAACGCCAGGGCGUUUGUCUUUCUCAUCUCAUGCCUGCCAGCUGGCAGUGCUGUACAGAGGCGCUGCUUGCCUUGGGUCAUCGGCGUGCAGCUCUGGAUUUAUCUGUAAUUCUUCAAUCCUGAGCUUUUGCCAUCUCCCGCCACGCAAAGACCAAAAGGGGGAAUGCGCAAAGCGGUCGGUCAGAUUGCCAGCUGCCGGGCGAGCUGUGCCGGCGAGCUGCUGCCCCAGUAACACCCAGCAGCGCCAGCAGGGCGAGCGGGGCUCCCGGGCCCUCCGGCGUUUCAGCAGGGCUGCUCUGGCUCGCUGGGGAGCCCUGGGUGGCCGUGCCCCUGCCCCUCGGUUGCCCAUGCAAAGGCUCGAGCUCACGUCGAGUGCCGCUCGCUGCCCAUCCCUCUCUCUGCUGCACACGGCAGGAUCCGCCUGCCCGUCGCUCUUCAAGCAUCUGCACAGAACCGCAGCCACCUCAGGUUAAGGAUUUUAAGUCUUGUCCUUCAAACCAACCUUUUUUUUAAAAAAAAAAACUUGAAUUUCUUUUAUCUUUACUACAUUUUUAAAAACAAACAAAAAAAAAGAUUCUCCUGUGAAUGUGCUAUUUACCGUUCAUUCUUUCUUCUUUCUUGGUUUUGAUUUGAAGCUCUGAAGCUUGGUGUCUGUGAAAAUAUUGUUAUUUCUGUAUUUCUCAGGAUAAUAAGCGGCAAUCAUCCCUGCCACAUAAAGGGCAGGAGAAAGGGGGAAACUUGGGGAACUAGUUUAAGUAUGAAGCUAAUUUUUAAGUUGUAGAAGAUGUGUAAAUCGAGGGUAAUACAUAGGAUGUCAGUAUCAAGCUGUGGUGUUUCUCUGGGUUCACGGUGUGUUGUUCGCAAUACACAGAAGCUCAGGGAUAAGUAUUUAAAAUGUGACCCAGAGAAACCCUAGUUUUGAUGUUGCAACAGUUGCUUCUUUCAUGACUUGUUUGGAGGACCCAUUGAAAGCUGAAUAAAGCCCCCAUAUGGAGUUUUCUGGGGGAAAAACUUCUGGUUUGGCUUGUGGGAAGUUUGCCUACUGAAGGCUUAGAGGCAGUCUGACGGGAAAAGCAUCCCGAAGAUGCACGUUGCCAUUUGGGCUGUCGCGAGGUGGUGGCGAGGGGAGCUGCAGCUUGCUUUGCCCUCGCACGAGCUGGCAGCUGUGGGUCCGCUCUGCUCCACGGGGCUCGUGGUGCUGAGCCCGGGGCGGCGCGGGUGUCCGAGGGGCUUUGGGGGAGGCAGGGGGGACUGGUCAGGGCUGCGGGGAGGACCCGCCAGCCCCGGAGCUGCCCUGCCUCCUCUCUGCCCUGUGGCACCCAGCCCUCCUUCCCGCCAGCGCUGUUGGAUGGGGAAAUGGUGAAGGUAAAAUACCGUCGGUUUUGGUGACUUCACGCUUUCGCUGAAGGCACAUCAGCUCCUAGGGCUGGGAGAAGUUUGUAUUUCCACAUUCGGAGUGGUUUGCAAAUACCUUAUCCUUCUGCCUUUGGUGUUAAAUGUGUUUGAGCACCCACGGAAAAGGGAAAACUGGGAAUUUCUCAAUGAGGCAGAGGGCCUGGCAGCCAGUCCCAGUGCUCUGUGUUCUGUUGCUUAUGAAUUAGAGCAUUUUAAUUUCCAGUCAGUAUAAAUGCAUCGGUGAGGUUGUAGAUACAUUCAGACUGCUUGAGAAAGGUACUGACAUGUAAACGUAGUUCAGUGCCAGCUGCUAGGAGUAUCCGAAAGGCCCCGACCAGCCCGAUGCAGCUGCGGGCAGUGCCAGCAGUGAGCAGCAGCUUGAAGGGCUGAAACCCGCCUUCCCGCCAGCCUAACUGGCCGGGAUCUGCAAAUCUGAGUUUAAACCAGCUGUGCAAGAAGCUGGGGAGGCCAAUGCAGGCAGUAUCUUCCCCUUAGGAAAAAAAAAUGAAAAAGAGCACCUGUGCAGCUGACCUGUAACAAGUCUAUGAAAGAAGCAACAUGGUUCAGUGGCAGAAAUGCCCCCAAGGGCAAAAAGAAACAGAAAUUAAAACCAGAUGACGAUCAACUUUAACAAAGCCUUUUGUGAUUCAUUGUUUUCUUUCAAUUUAUAAAAUGUCUUGUAAUAGUUGAUAACAUUAUUGACUCAAUUUCCAUAACAAAACUACCUCGUGUGACAUCCUGUUUAUCAUCUCAAAGGGAUUGUGUGAAAAACAAAAUACUGCCAGUGUUGUUGCCAGUGAAGAACAGGGGGUGUGAUAGCUGGAGUCUUGUUUCCCUUCCCAUGGGUUGUGGCAUGGUUCCUGUUACUGCCACAGCAUCUCAACCUGGGGUGUUGGUUUUGACUCUGCAUCCCACCUGGACCCCCGGGCCCCCCGGGAAGGCGCCGGGGCUGUGCACGCCUUGCUCUCGCCCAGCGCCGAUGUGCCGUGGCGGUGCCCCGCCGCAGCCGCUGCUGCACCGAGCCGCUGUUCACAGCGUGGGCAGUGCCCUGCGGCUGCGGCCGUGUGUCCCCUCACCAUGAGAGACAGGGGUCUGCGAUCCGCUGGGGAGGGCUGAGCUCCGGCGUCCCUCCCGGCGGAGCGCAGCCCCUGCCCGCAGCCGCCGGGCAGGACGUGGCUCUUGCCGGUUUGGUUUUUGUUGGUGCCCAUGAAGCCACAGGCCCAGUUCCAGCUCUGUCCUGGUGCAGAUGCGAUGCAGAGGCUGCGUUUGUAGCCCUCGCACAUACGUCCUGGGUGGAGGCGAGCUGGGCAGCUCGAGAGAGCGGGGCCGGUUUGCUGCCAUGCGCUUGUGUCGGCCCAUCGCAGGUUUGCGGGACGUUUCCAAGACGGGCUGGUCUUCGGGUCCUUCCGUUGAUGUUCCAGGUGAUGGUUUCUCCCAGUAAAACACUUCAUUUUUCCCACGAUCCCUUGCAUAAAUCAGGGAAGCAGGAUGUUGCCUCGGCAUGACACACGGUGAACGCUGGCGCGCUCGCAGCCGGGGCUGGGGCAGGAGAGCAUGGCCGGCCGCUGCCGCUCUCGCCCUGCAGCGCCCGAGGAGGAGCGGGCACCAUGCUGCGCCUCUCGGGAGCUGCCUUUCCGUCACUACGCUACGACCAAAUGAAUGUUUCUGCCGGCACGUCUCCGGCGCGCCGUGGCACCGCCGGCCCCCCUCGCGCAGCGGGACCGGCACGGGUCCGUGUCAGCCCGACCUGCCCCUGCUCCGCUGCUCUGCUCUGUGACUUGACUACCUGUGGAAAUGUGACCAAUAAGUGUUGAACGCAUGUUUAGCAAGUGUUAGCUGUAUGAACUAAUAAAUGUGAAUUGUUCUGCACCGGUGGUGUCUGCUCU